AUGUCAGCGAAAAAAUGGGCGAUCGCAACUCGCUUCGCCAAGCUCUCGAACGAGCUCAAGACGAACGUGUACAGUGACCUCGGCAUACAGAAGCUUGCUAAAGCAGAAAUUGUCAAUGAGGAGCUUACAAAUGACAUUCUGAAGCGACUGUCACCGUACCUGCAGCAAAAUAGCCCAAUCGACAUCCUUGAUCUGUGGCCCUCCACGGGCAUUUUCUCCUCCCAAGUCAACAAAUAUCUCAAACCUCGUCGCCAUUUGCUCGUUGAACCAAACAAGAAAUAUUACGGGAAAAGCCUCACGCGGCUUGUCAAGAGCGGAGGAGGGUACGAGAUGGUCUCCCUGGAUCCUUAUUCAUUAUAUGAUUGGAGCGAGGUGUUCGCCAAAUAUCUACCAGAACAAGGGCCUUCAAAUAUGGAAGGCCAAGUGCUGCCCAGAAACAAUACACUACUGGUGUUAGCCAACUUACCCGAGCAGCGCAGCACAAGAGAUCAUUUCACACCAGCGCGAUGGUGGAGCGUCAUGAUGGAAAGCUGCCUGAACCAGAGGGGAGUGCAUAUGUAUGGAAGUGUUAGAAUACUAGCCUCACUUCCGGGAAACACCAAAUGCAGUGUAUUCCCGCGCACCGUUAUAGACCGCAGGCGGACAUCCAUGUUGACGGAGACCGUGGCCCAGCACGCGUUUGAAGUGGCUAGCACCUACGAAAAUGAAACUUGGCAGAGCUUGAAGUCCUGGGACAAUCUCAUGCUCAGCAGGAAACGAGUCGCUGAGCGAACCGCUGCAAACAACAUCAUCACCCCUGCUGGCCGGGAGAUACCUCCACUCGAAUUAGCACCGGAGAGUCCUCGGCCAGGCAAGCUCUCGCAGGUAUAUAUGCCACGACCACGCGUGGAAUGGCAUGACACUGUGAUGGAUCGUAUUGCGAAGGAGUCGAGCACGAAUAAAGUCGUCAAACGGGAUGCACAAGCUGCUUUAUAUUCUCUGAACCUUGACAAUAAACAGGCGUGGUGGUGCCACCACGUCGCCAAAAUGGAAUUGGAGGAGGACGAAACCAGCCGGAGUUUGGCACGCAUAGCUGCCGACACCAGCAAGUAUACUGAAGAGCUCCAUAGGGCUGAUAAAAGAUGUGCGGGAAUGAGGGAUACUGUCGAGAAGCUGCUAAAAGGCACCCAUCACCGUGUGAUCCGGGGUCAUGAUCGCGUAACGGACGAUGGCCGUCUCUUAAACGACGCCGGCUCUCUUGACAAUUCCAUGCUCAUCCACGAUCGGCGGCCAUUCGAAGCGCUGCGCAUCCACCCGGAUGACCAGUUCCCUCGUCUGCCGCGAACCUUUGUGUACUUUGAAGCAGAUCCCAACCCUCCGGUAGUACAGAAACUCAGUCAGCUCUCCGACGAGAAGCGGGUCGAGGUCCUGGAGCUCUUUGAUACCCUUUCGUCGAUUUUCAGCACUCGCGACCAACUGACUCUGGCCGAGCUUUACAAUGUCAUCUUUCCUCUACGAACCGCCAAUGAAAUCGUCAAGGAGUUCCCCAGCCUCGCCAAAUACGCCAUGAAGCGAUUAAAGCCCGGCUACGGCACUGUGGCGCUGCCCGAUCCUACAUUGGAUCCGAACGAGUGCUUCCAAGAGAACAUUGACUACGAUCUCUCCCAUGCGCGUAUCAGGCGGCUGCCAGUAUCUCUUAUCUGGGACAUCCUUCUCCAGUAUCAAAACAGCGGGCCGGAUGUUUCUCCGAUGCAAUUCAAUCGAUUGCUCGGAGGCACUUUGACCGGGGCCGCGACUGGAGGUGCAUCGGGGAAUUCCCUCAAACUUCGCUAA